UCGAAUUCAUACACACAUUUCUUCUCUUAUGCAAAUGAGGUACAAAAAGGGCGAUAACUAGGUUCUUUUUGAAUGAAAUCCACCAAUAGAUUUACUACAUAGUGUUUAGUACACAAGCUAAAACUACGAUAUGAGGACAGAAAAGGAAUUCUGGUUUAGUAGUAAUUCUAUUUCCUUACUUACGUCAGGCAUCUUGUUUCUCUCGGCAAUUUAAAAGCAAGCAUCAAGAAUCUUAUAAACUCAUACAUUUGGUUUACUAUUAAUGUCAUUAGAUCUGUGAUUCUUUUAAAUAAUCUAGUUGUGUCUUACAAUGUAUACAUUCAGAGUGCCAAGGACGCCUGGGAAAAUGAGUGACAGAGACUCGUACUGCAACUUGUGAGAACAACUUUAAGAUUAAUGCAUCAAAGGACGAUGUCAUACUCUCGUUAUUUUCCAAGGAUGAUAGAGGGCGGCGUUCCUUACUGAUAGUAUUGGCUUCUUCGAGCCUCAGGGAACCAUAUCAAACACGUACAUGUACCAACCCUUAUGGUAAUGAAUAAUGCAGGACUGCAAUUUAGGUUCAUAUUCCAUGCUUUCUAAGUGCACCCACGUCAUGCUUUCCUAUCCUACAGCGUUCAACGCAUCAGCCAUUACAGGCACGUUGGUGCACACGAACCCGGCAGUACCGCAUAAUUACAGACGUAUACGUACGCACGUACGACGGUAGAGGAGGAAGAUGGGGAAAAUAACAAAUCUUGCCAUUAUUUUUAAUGGUGAUGUGGACGUAUUCUCACCUGGUGACAUUAUCAAAGGGCAAGUUAUUCUUCAAAUCGAGUCAGCCACAGAACGAGGCUUGGAAAACGUUAAAGGUAUAUGGUUGCAGUUUAGAGGCGAGUCAAGAAUUGAAAUAAAGAGGAACAACCAACUUCGGGACGUGUUAGAUGAAGGUUACUUUGACACAACUCAAGUUUUAUUUGGAACAGGAACCGAGACUCCCGAUGUUAAGAACUUAAAUGUCCCUUCUGGUCAACAAGUCUUCCCAUUCGCAAUUCGUCUGCCUGACGAUCGUCUCCCAGCAGCAUUUGAGGAACAACUUGGCUAUGUACGAUACAAAGUCAAAGCCACCAUUUCUCUGAUAAGAUAUCUGAGGAAUAAAGAAUACAAGACAGAAAGAUAUUUCAGCGUGAUUGGCCCUAAAGUGGAUUUGAACUCUAUGUCCGGUUUACAGAUACCAGUGACAUGUGACGUAACAUCACGAGGCUGGUUUGGAUGUGGACCUCCUGUUUCUACUAUUACUCUUAAUUUACCAAAACAAGGUUAUGUUCCAGGGGAAAGCAUUAACAUUACUGGUCGAGUCGACAAUCAAAGCGGCAGUGAUCAAUUUUCCAUUCGAGUAAAGCUGAUCCAGGAAGUUAAUUUUCUGUUCACAAACUGCACGACGAGCAUAGAGCGGGUUUUGGCCAAGAUAGAUUCCAAGCUUGUUUGUCCGAAACGAAAGGUUUCUCACCUCAGCGUGGGACCACUGCGAAUUCCCCCUGUACCGCCCUCGGGACUACCCGGCUGCAGCCUCAUCAAUAUCGAAUACUUCAUUCUGUGCAAGGACAGGAAAUUCCCACUCAAGAUUGGAACUGUGCCAUUACGUCCAGCUGGGGGUAAGAGGAGACAAAGAGCUCCAGUGGCAACUGGAGGUCAAUUAGCUCCAGAUCAAGACACUGAUGAUGAUGCUCCGCCACGAUAUGAAGAAGUUGUAAGCGUUACAGACCGACUUGCCUAUGAAAUCAGCAAAGAUGACUUUUUUAGCGGCGGGGAGUUUUUCCCUAGGUAUCCAUAUUUUGAGAGGACGGGAGACCUAGCAGUCGUUUCACAUUUAAAAAAUCUGUAAAAAUCCAAAGAAGAUAAAGAAACGACAGAUAAUUUGAACAAAACAACUAUCAAUGGGAACUCUGUUACAAAUCAAGUCCGAGAAUAUUCUUUGCAUUACGAACACUAGCAUUUACAACGUAUUUACAAAAGAUAUUCAGGCAACUAAUGGUUUCGAAGAAAUCUUUCCAUCCAGAGUGUCACUUCUCUUUAUUCACUGCUCGACAAUUUUAGUAGCGGCUUUAACUGCACGUGCACAAUGCGAAAACAUCAGUAUUAAUUUAGAGUUACAUUUCACGGCACCUACUCUCCUGGAGAGUGUCUUAGCUUAGAUUCCACAACCUUUUGAACUUCAGUGGAAAGUAUUUUGGUUUUCUAUCAUAAUACGAUGAAGGGAUCCUAACAACAGACACAAAAUUGACGAGCGGAAAGCUGUAUGCUUUUCUAUCAGAUCAUCCUUCAUUUCAUUUAUGUGUCUGCUAUUUUGCUGUAUCCCUUAACUCAAACAAGAGUCUUCUGGGUAAAAAAUCAAGCUGAGAGUGUCUAUUAUUUUAAAUAAGUAAAUAAAAUCUGUUAUCACAACUACAGUAGAUUUCAAUUAUAAAUGUUUGUGCAAUCAUUAAUUCCAGCCGUUGGCAAAUAAAUCCCAAAUUAGUAUAUAAACGAAAAAUGUUGGCCGUCAGAAAUUUUCACUAAAACGUGAAAUGUAGCGCACCACAGAUUUCUUUGUGAGUUUUGCACGAAACGAAGUUGGUGAACAAGUUUCAAGUCGGCAAAUUGACUAUGUAACCUGCCCCCCUUAAGAAAAUCCUUCGCUACGCCACUGAGUGCCAUGAUACCGGGUAAAUGAUCCAUUCCUCAAAACGAAAAGAGGAGAAAUGCCGUAUUCAUUUAUUUGGUUUUUAAAGCUGUGUCAUAUACAUGUUUUCCUUCCGUUUUCCUGGUAUUCUAACUUUAUGAAUAUUCUAACAAAGGCUAAAUGAGAUAUUACAGUUUUCACUCAGCUACGAUUUUAUUUCCCUGUUUUCAGGUUGUGAUAUGCUCCUUUGGUUGAUAAAAAAACAAAAGGCAAUGCCAUGUCCCAUGGUUAAGCUGAUCCUAAUUUAGACAUGUUUGUUAGAAAAUCCAGAUCUGUCGAUACAAUUAAUGAUUGAUUUGAAGCUACUUUUUUUUUCAUUUUAGAAAUAUUUGAACACUUGUAGACCUUUCUAUAGUUCUUCGCAAUCAGGCAAAUUUUGUUAGACAAAGAGUGCUCCCAAUAAAUUCUGAUAUGCGAAACAAACGUGAUCACUGGCAAAGUCUUUGCAAGUGAGGCAUAUCUAUACAAAAUAAGAGAGCUGCAUUUUCGGGUAGGCCUAUUAGUUUGAAAGCAGAUUAAAAUUUUCCAGUAUGAGAAUAUUGUUUAAGUAUGAUUAAAACCCCUGUGCGUCUAAUUUUUAUCAGUAAACAACUGCCCAGUAAGAACUUUCAUGGAAGUUACUGGACCGGGAUUUCCCUCGCAGGUAUAAUAUAACUUCGGUAGUAGGUUUUGGUUUUCUGCGGUAUAUAAGGUUACCAUUCUACAGUUUAGGAAUAUCCAAAAGACUGCUUGUAUAAAACGAAAUUCGAAAGGUAUGUUUGGGCAUUAUUACUGUGUCAUAAAUUUGAAAAACUCUGCUCUGAAUUUCUUGUUUUUCUAACUGAAGAAAGAUUUUUCCGGAUCAAUCAGAAUUAUGAAAAGAUGACCUGACACAUGCAAUAUUAAUUAAUGUUGGAAAAUUCAGCCAAUUAUCUGAAAACGUUUAUUGAAAGUAUCUUGAAGUAUCAGCAUGUGAAGUUUACUUUGAAGUCUUGCUCGAGAAUUGUGUAUUAUAAAACCCACAUACAAUCCCUGUGAACUUAUGAUAAAACAACUAUACGAAAUUGACACUUUGUUGAGGUAACCUCCAAAGAUUCAAUUGAAAUUAAAUAAACUGGUUAUCACUUACAGCCAGCUAAAACUAUAGUUGGUUGCAAGUACAGAAGCAUAAUAGAUUAAGUAAAAAAAAUCCCACGUAGCUAUUAAAAUGCCGAUUAAAGAUACACGUGUUAUUAAAGUUUUGCCGUAGAUGACAUCACAUACUAGAUGACAUGCACAAGCUUUAAGUUUAAAGUUGUAUAAGGAUACGUUUAAGUAAAACUUUUAUUUACUUGAGGUAAGCCCCCAAAUGAUUGGUCAGAGUGAACACAAUCUUACUUUGCCUCAACUAUUAAAACUUUUUUUGAUAAGAAGUGAAGGCUCUAUCUUACUCAGACACGCUCUCUUUUAAAGAUUGAUUUUGGGAAUAAA